CCCGCCAUGAUCCCCCUCUUUAUCUGAAUGUGUGCAAUUGUGGCAGGAGGUAGUGAUUGUAUGACUCACGGCCUGCUCGCAGACUCAACACGGGAACUUGUCAAUGGGGAACUACAAAUCCAGACCGUCACAGACGUGUACAGACGAAUGGAAGAAAAAGGUGAGCGAGUCGUACUCCGCCAUCCUGGAGAAGCUGGAAGAUGACCUCCAGCUCAAAGAAAGCGAGCUGGUGGAUCUCAAACUCGCAUUCAGCUCCGACGAGGCCUUUCAGAAGGUGAACUUGAACUACCGGACGGAGAAAGGCCUGUCCCUACUGCAUCUCUGCUGCGUGUGCGAAGGUAACAAGGAACAUAUCAGCUCUUUAAUGGUCAAAGGUCUUCGCCCGUCCAGACUGACCAAGAAUGGAUUCACCGCGCUCCAUUUGGCUGCGUAUAAGGACAACGGCGAGCUGGUGACGGCGAUCCUCCACGGGGGGUCGGACGUGCAGCAGCUGGGCUACGGAGCCCUCACCGCCCUGCACGUCGCCACCUUGGCCGGACACAUGGAAGCCACCGAUAUUCUCCUCCAGCACGGCGCUUCCGUUAAUGUCCAGGAUGCUGUUUUUUUCACCCCGCUGCAUAUCGCCGCUUAUAACGGCAACGAGCAGCUCAGCAAAUUACUGCUGAAGUUUGGCGCCGAUGUGAACGCCAGUGGCGAGGUGGGCGACCGGCCAUUGCAUCUGGCCGCAGCCAAGGGUUUCCUGGACAUCAUCGCGCUUCUCGUUGGGGAAGGAGGGAAAGCUAACGUGAAUGCGCAGGACAACGAGGACCACGUCCCCCUCCACUUCUGCGCUCGCUUCGGCCACCACGAGGUGGUACGCUUCCUCCUCCAGGGCAACUUGGACGUGCAGGCGCACGCCACCAACAUCUACGGGGACACGCCGUUACACUUGGCCUGCUACAACGGCAAAUACGACGUCGUCAAGGAGAUCAUCCAGCUCUCUGGUGUCGACAGUCUUACCAAGGAGAACAUUUUCAGCGAGACGUCGCUGCACAGUGCUUGCACCUACGGCAAAGACCUGGAGAUGGUCAAGUUUCUUUUGAGCCAGAAUGCCAUGAGCAUCAACCACCAAGGCAGAGAUGGACACACAGCCCUGCACAGCGCGUGUUUCCACGGCCACAUCCGCCUGGUGCAGUUCCUGCUGGACAACGGGGCCGACAUGAACCUGGUGGCUUGUGACCCCAGCCGCUCCAGCGGGGAGAAGGAUGAGCAGACCUGCCUCAUGUGGGCUUACGAGAAAGGUCACGACGCCAUCGUCACUUUGCUGAAGCACUACAAGCGUCCCGAUGACUCUCCCUGCAAUGAGUACUCGCAGCCAGGAGGGGACGGCUCCUACGUUUCUGUGCCGUCGCCGCUGGGGAAGAUCAAGAGCAUGACGAAAGAGAAAGCAGAGGUUCUUCUACUCAGAGCCAGCUUGCCUUCUCAUUUCCAUCUUCAGCUCUCCGAGUUGGAAUUUAAUGAAAUCAUUGGAUCUGGCUCCUUCGGCAGAGUUUACAAAGGCAAGUGCCGGAACAAAAUAGUCGCAAUUAAACGCUACCGAGCCAACACGUACUGCUCCAAGUCGGACGUGGACAUGUUCUGCCGAGAGGUGUCCAUCCUGUGCCGCCUCAACCACCCUUGCAUCAUCCAGUUCGUGGGCGCCUGUCUGGACGACCCCAGCCAGUUUGCCAUCGUCACCCAAUACAUCUCGGGAGGCUCGCUCUUCGCGCUGUUGCAUGAGCAGAAGAGGCUUAUCGAUCUGCAGUCCAAGCUCAUCAUCGCCAUGGACGUGGCCAAGGGGAUGGAGUACCUGCAUAACCUCACCCAGCCCAUCAUCCACAGAGAUCUCAACAGUCACAAUAUUCUUCUUUACGAGGACGGUCACGCCGUGGUGGCUGAUUUUGGAGAGUCCAGAUUUCUCCAAUCGGUGCACGAAGACAACAUGACCAAACAGCCUGGCAACCUGCGAUGGAUGGCCCCCGAGGUCUUCACACAAUGUACACGCUACUCGGUGAAGGCGGACAUGUUCAGCUACGCCCUCUGUCUGUGGGAACUGCUGACUGGAGAGAUUCCCUUUGCACACUUGAAGCCUGCUGCCGCAGCAGCAGACAUGGCCUACCAUCACAUCCGACCUCCUGUCGGCUACUCGAUCCCAAAGCCCAUCUCUGCACUUCUGAUGAGAGGAUGGAACUCAUGUCCAGAGGACCGUCCUGAGUUUUCUGAGGUGGUCACCAACUUGGAAGAGUGUUUAUGUAACAUUGAGCUGAUGUCACCCGCUUCCAGUAACAGCAGCGGCUCCUUGUCGCCCUCGUCGUCCUCCGACUGCCUCCUCGCCAGAGCCGGGCCCAGUCGGGGUCAUGUGGCUGCACUGCGGUCCAGGUUUGAGUUGGAAUACGCGCUCAACACUCGAGCCUACGCCUUCUGGAGUCAGAGCGAGCGGAGGCGAGCAUCCGGAGGUCUCUCGUUGGAGGAAGUACGAAGGAGCAUGCAGUUUUCCCCCGUCGAUCGCAACGGUUACGUGUCCGAUCCUAUGAGCACCAUGCGAUUCUGCUCCUCAUUCAGCAGCAACGGCAGUUUUGAAGACAGUAACUAACACCUUGUGGUAGUUUGCACUCAUGGUUCUUUUUAGAUCGAGCCUUAACUUUCUGUAUUUAUCGUGUUGUUGUUUUUUUAAUCUUAAAUUAGUCAGCAAAAUCUGUGAUGAAUAUGUUUUGUGUAUAGUUUGCUUGACAGAUUUGUAAUUGAGAUUAUUUUUACAGUAUACAGGCAAAUUGGAGUUUAUAGUGGCGCAUCUUUGGUGUAGUACCACAUUGUGCCACAACAUGUUUGGCAGCACUGAGCUCUAGUGUACGAGAUGCAGUAAAUUAGCAGCAAGAGGAAGAGACAGUUAUUGUCUAAAUAGAAACUUUUUUAUUUUUGUUGUUUUUUGUGGCAAAGUUUGAGAGUGAGAACAAACAUUAAGAUAUUUUAAAAAAAAAACAUAUUAAAUAUGUUAUAAUUUGUUUAAAUAGUACAGGAGGGGAUUCGGAAUGAACACACAUGACUUUGUAUGUCAAUUUUUAUUUCUUCAAUGGCCAAACCACUAAUGAAGCCGUGCAAAGCCACACUGGAGGAUAGUAAGGCGAAUAAAUAAUUUAUUUACGAGUAAACAAA